AUGGCAGAUUUAUCCAAAAUAUAUUUACUGUUUUGUGAGAUCAAGAAAGAAGAGAAUUUAAUUGUCUUGAAGAAAAGUACUACUAGUAGUGGUGGUAGCGGUGGUAGAAUUAGUGUCAAUAGUCGUAGUAGUCGUAGCAAUAGCAGUAGUGGUAGCAGUAGUAGUAGUGGCGGUAGUAGAAUUAGUUUUACUAGUAGUAGUAGUACAAAUAGCUGCAGUAAGAGAAGUACUAGUAGUAGUUGUGGUAGUAAUUGUGUUAGUAAUACUAGAAGAAGUAGCCGUAGUAGCAGCAGCAGUAGCAGCAGCAGCAGCAGUACUGACCGGCCGCUGACCCCGUGGCUGACCCGAGCUGACCGCCGUGGGGCUGACCCAGAAGCUGACCCCGAGGCUGACCCAGAAGCUGACCAAGGCGAGCUAUCACGAGCCGUGAUUAGCGAUAAGACUCAUAUCUCAAUGCUUACAAGAACGGAGGCUAUCGUACCAGACCCGGUACGCUACCGACGUGCAGUACGUGCCAAGUACGUCACAGCACCCACUACCACCCAUUUCCAGACGCAGGUGAGGUAUAACACGGGUCUACGCCACCCAGUACACCCGGCUUACGUCACCCAGACACAACUUCAGUACCAGACCCACUACGAGACGAAAUUCGCACCACAGUACGUCACUGUCGCCAAGGAACAGAUCUCUUACAAGACGUAUUGUCCCAAGCCUGCCUAUGGACAUUAG